UGCCACGUAGAGUCAUCUCCUGCUUCGAGAUAGUACUCCAUUUUCACCCUCUCGAAGUCGAAUAUACUCCGUCCGUAUUUUCGUGUUUGGAAAGGCGCCAUUCGAGUCCAUCGUCUCUCCCAUUCAAAACCUCAGAUAAACCUUCCAAGUAUCAAUCAGUUCAUUCCAUUUCCUUGACUUCUACUUGCGCUCAGAUGUUUUCGCGCUCCUAUCCUACGGCCACUCAGACGAAGGCCGCCGACUUGGCCACUCUCAUUCUCGGCGCUUCUUCUCCGUCGCAGAUCGUGGCCGCCUGUGCGGAGGUAGACUCUUUUCUCCAUUUGUACACCGCAGACCAGACCCGCUGCUUCUUCUCCAUCACUUUCCCAACCCUAAUUUGUAAAGUGUUCGGUUUCGACGACACGCCGCCGGUAGAUCACAAGUCUCUUUCGCCAUCUGGAUGGAUCGAUGUUGCCUCUCUAUCUAACGAUUCCGAGCUUGCAGGCAGGAUUUUCAGAUUACUAUCUCCAAAUAGUGUAUUGCUAUCAUCAAUUGUGAAUGCUGAUGCUUUAUCUCUGGUUAAAUAUGUUUUUCCUGUUGAGCGGUUGCCAGAAUGGGCUCGGUAUCUUCUACAGAAUGAGAGAGAUGUUCAGCUUUUGGCUGACCUGUGUCCAUUGUUCAGGAAUAGGUUGAAGGAGGAUUCAG